UUUGUGUGCUACAGCGAAAGAACCACGAGAAAGGGAGAAGUUAAAAAUGUGAACACAGGUUGGAGCCAAGAGGGGCCGAACCCCAGUGACGUCACUCCCAUGGGAUCACCCGCGGACCAGGGAGCUCCUAUUCGACCUGUAUCGUCUCGGAAGUACAAGGGGAGAGAAGGAAAAGGAGAGUGAUGUUUGUAGCGGCUGCUAUGCAGAGAAGAAACCUGGAAAAGGAGGAGACUGUUAGAUGCCUGCACUGAAAAAUUGGACCACAGCACAGGACAAGGGAGGAACCACCAGACACUCCGGCCUUUUCGUAAGCUCCUCCCUUCGCCUGAGCGUGCGGCGGAAGACGCACGCAGGAAGGGGCGGAGCCAAGGGCACUAAGAGCGCGCACGCGCGGGUCUCGCGAGAGCAGUAGAGGGCGGAAGCACCGUUAGUGCAGGAUGCGGUUCCUGGUUGCGUUGAUCCUGCUGAGCGUUGUAGUGGCGGUAGACCUACCGCUAGAAAACUCUAGCCAGUCGCAGCCUCAGGCUACGGGAGACGGCUCUAGCAAGGGGAAGUCCCAGGUGCAGUCCACAGAAGAUGACUCUAACAAGGAGAAGCCCCAGCUACAGUCCACGGGAGUUAACUCUAACAAGGAGAAGUCUCAACUGCAGUCCUCGGGAGACGGCUCUAGCAAGGUGGAUCCCCAGCCACAGUCCACGGGAGACGGCUCUAGCAAGGUGGAUCCCCAGCCACAGUCCACGGGAGAUGGCUCUAGCAAGGUGGAUCCCCAGCCACAGUCCACGGGAGACGGCUCUAGCAAGGUGGAUCCCCAGCCACAGUCCACGGGAGACGGCUCUCGCAAGGUGGAUCCCCAGCCACAGUCCACGGGAGACGGCUCUCGCAAGGUGGAUCCCCAGCCACAGUCCACGGGAGACGGCUCUCGCAAGGUGGAUCCCCAGCCACAGUCCACGGGAGACGGCUCUCGCAAGGUGGAUCCCCAGCCACAGUCCACGGGAGACGGCUCUCGCAAGGUGGAUCCCCAGCCACAGUCCACGGGAGACGGCUCUCGCAAGGUGGAUCCCCAGCCACAGUCCACGGGAGACGGCUCUCGCAAGGUGGAUCCCCAGCCACAGUCCACGGGAGACGGCUCUCGCAAGGUGGAUCCCCAGCCACAGUCCACGGGAGACGGCUCUAGCAAGGUGGAUCCCCAGCCACAGUCCACGGGAGACGGCUCUCGCAAGGUGGAUCCCCAGCCACAGUCCACGGGAGACGGCUCUCGCCAGGUGGAUCCCCAGCCACAGUCCACGGGAGACGGCUCUCGCAAGGUGGAUCCCCAGCCACAGUCCACGGGAGACGGCUCUAGCAAGGUGGAUCCCCAGCCACAGUCCACGGGAGACGGCUCUCGCAAGGUGGAUCCCCAGCCACAGUCCACGGGAGACGGCUCUCGCCAGGUGGAUCCCCAGCCACAGUCCACGGGAGACGGCUCUCGCAAGGUGGAUCCCCAGCCACAGUCCACGGGAGACGGCUCUCGCAAGGUGGAUCCCCAGCCACAGUCCACGGGAGACGGCUCUCGCAAGGUGAAUACCCAGCCGCAGUCCUCUGGAGAUGGCUCUCGCAAGGUGAAUACCCAGCCACAGUCCACGGAAGAUGGCUCUAGCAAGGUGGAGUCUCAGCCACAGUCCGUGGGAGACAGCCCUAGUAAGGUAAAGCCCCAACCGCAGUCCACAGGACAGGGCUCCAGCAAGCAGAAGCCCCAGCCCCAGACCACGGGAGAUAACCCUAGCAAGGAGAAGCUGCAGCAGCAGUCCUUGAACUCCAACAAGCUGGUCUCCAACCCCUCCUCUGAUAACAAGGAACCCACCAAUCCUGACUUAAACAUACCAGCUGACAAAGAUACCUCUCUGCAUGCUUCUAGAGGUGAAUCUGGGGAGACAGUAUUACUGGACUCUGACCCCACUUCUCCACAGCAGGAGAGAGAAGGUAAGUCUUCAGAGCUUACAGAAGAUGUGGAGCCCAAGAAGGCUGAGGAAGGCGAUACAGAGCCUGAAGGUUCACCGCCCCAAGAAGAGAAAGAGAUGCCCGGCCUUGCCUCCAGUGAGAACCGUGAAGGAACACUUUUGGAUUCCAUGGGUAGGGAGAAUGAUGACCUUUAUAAAGACAGUCUUGGAAGUGCCAGUGCAGAGAGCAGCCACUUCUUUGCAUAUCUGGUGACCGCAGCCAUACUUGUUGCUGUCCUCUAUAUUGCCUAUCACAACAAGCGGAAGAUUAUUGCUUUUGUGCUAGAAGGAAAAAGAUCUAAAGUUACUCGACGGCCAAAGGCCAGUGAUUACCAGCGUUUGGACCAGAAGAUUUGAUUUCUGUGUUCUUGAGAACUUUGUCCUCCCUGCUGAUUUGUUUUUAAAUCAAGAGAAAUGAAGAAAAAAAAGUACUGUGACCUAAGAGACACCCCCUCCUCUAGGGUUUGGUGGCAAAUCGGGCCUGGCAGAGGCGGGGGGGUAUUGCUUAGCUUUUUGCACCUGCACUUUGGUGACCUUGUACUCCUGUGUCCCCAUCACCUAUGCUGGUGUCUUCCAUCCUUUCCUCCUCUGAGUGUGAGUAGAGGGAGCAUGUGGGAAGCCAGCUAUGACCAAAGGGAGACCUCAGCCCCAGGCAGGCUACUGCUGCUGACUGCCUUCCCUUGGGCCUUGGCCCUUUCGUAGUUACCCCUUGAAAACAGCAUUGCACCCACCACAAGUUAUCUUUGCAGACCUAGGAGAAAACUAGGUUGAAAAGUCAACCUAGGAGAAAACUCACCUGCAGGUUGAGGUGCUUCUAUACCAAGGCCUCAUCUGGAGGGAUGUGCCCUACAAAAGAUGUAGAAGGUGAAUGCUGACGGGCAAAGGGCUACUUUGAAUACGUAAUUCUCUUCAAAGGCUUCAGCAGCAAACCCAAACAGCUUUUAAAAAGUGCUUUAUUGCCUGCAGUCCAACCUGUCUAGUGUAAGUUCUUCACAUUUUCCUGAUAUUUUCGUAUUACUUAAGACAAAGUGAGUCAAAUUCCAUUUGGUUGUACUGAGCAUAAAACUGAACUUGGGGAUUCUGGAAGUAAAGCUGUAAAGCCACGGUUCCCAUCACAGAUUUUUUAAAAUAUAGUUACGAUUAUUGAAAAUAC